AUGGCUGUUGUCUUGGGGGCGAUGGGCAGCCUCGCCCCCAAGUUGCUCCAGCUACUCCAAUCUGAAUACGAGCUGCAGAAGAACAUGGAGAGGAAGGUGAAGUUCGUCACUCGGGAGCUGGAGAGCAUCCAGGCCGCCCUCCACAAGGUGGCGGCAGUGCCGUGGGAUCAGCUCGAUGAGCAGGUCAAGGUAUGGGCUAGCCAAGUUAGGGAUGCAUCUUAUGACAUGGAGGAUGUCCUCGACACCUUCCUCGUGCGUGUCGAGGGUGGGGAGCCUGUAAACCGCAGCAGGCUCAAACGUGCACUGAAGAAGAUGGGUGGCCUGUUUGGCAAGUUCAAGGCUCGUCGCGACAUCACUGGUGCCAUUGAUGGCAUCGAGAAGCAGCUUCAGGAGGUCGCCGACAGGCGUGCCAGGUACAAAAUUGAUGAUAUUGUGGCCAAUCCUGCACCUGCAACAACUGUUGAUCCUCGCCUUUCAGCUUAUUACACAAAAGCAUCUCAGCUCGUUGGCAUCGAUGAGCCAAGGGAUAAACUCAUUGAGAUGCUGUCCAUACGUGAGGGUGACAGGUCCAGCAAUGAGAUGAAAAUUAUCUCUAUUGUUGGGUUUGGAGGAUUGGGCAAGACCACUCUUGCCAAGGCAGUAUAUGACAAGGUUUAUCAUCAAUUUGAUUGUGGUGCUUUUGUUCCAGUGGGCCGUAAUCCUGACCCAAAGAAAGUCCUGAGGGACAUUUUAAUUGAUCUCAUUAAUGGUGAGGACGAGAAACCCUUCUCUGAUCAGUAUAAUGGAAGGAACACCGUUCCUGAUCUGAUGCCACUGGAUGAACGGCAGCUCAUCAUUAAACUUCGUAAAUUCAUCGAAGGAAAAAGGUACUGCAUCGUUAUCGAUGAUAUAUGGGAUGAAAAAACAUGGGAAGUCAUUAAAAAUGCUUUCGUGGACAGUAAUCCUAGAAGUAGAAUAAUUGCAACCACUCGCAAUCCUAAAGUCUCUGAAGAAAUUGGCAAAGUUUAUAGAAUGGAAAAGCUUCCAGAAAGCCAGUCAAGAAAACUAUUAUAUUCAAGAACAUUUGGCGCAGAAGAAAAAUGGCCAGGGAACAAUGAUGAAUUGGCUGUGGUAUCUCAAAAAAUACUGCAUAGAUGUGAUGGUGUACCACUAGCUAUUAUUACAAUAGGCAGUUUGUUGGCUGAGAAACAAAUAGAGGAGUGGUCCAAUGUGUAUGACUCAGUUGGUUUUGGCCAUGGAGAUGACCGACAAGUUAACAAUAUGAAGAAGAUAUUAUCUUUCAGCUACUACGAUCUACCCUGUCAUCUAAGGACAUGCAUGUUGUGUCUAACUGUGUAUCCAGAAGAUUCUAGGAUCAACAAUGAUGGCUUAAUUUACAGGUGGAUAGCUGAAGGUCUAGUCCAGACAGAAGAAGGAAAAGAGCCUUUUAAGGUAGGAGAAAGCUACGUCCUUGAGCUCAUAAAUAGAGGCAUGAUCGAACCAGUGGAGCACUAUGGUUUUUUAAAAGGUUGUCGUGUCCAUGACAUGGUACUUCAUAUGAUUCGUAAUCUGUCCAGGGAUGAAAACUUUUUUGCUGUGCAGGAUAGUAAGCAAUGGUCACAAGGAAGUGAUGUCCGUCGACUAGCCUUGCACGGGGCAGAACAUAUUAAAGUUAAUGAUAGAGACGUGCCAAAACUGAGAUCAUUUAAUGCCAUACGGUGCGUUACAGACAACAUCCCCCCUGUUUCGAGAUUUAAAUUGCUGCGUGUGUUGUCUCUAGAGGGUUGUCGUCCUCUGGAAGGUCAUCUUGAUACAGAGUAUCUGGGGAAGUUAUUUCAUCUGAGGUACCUUGCGCUAGUGGAUACACCUAUCCGUGAGCUCUCUAAAAAAAUAGGGCAUCUUAAGUUUCUGCAGACACUGGUGUUUACUAGAACUGGGGUAGAAGAACUACCGACGAGUAUGAAGCAGCUUACAAAAUUAAUGUGCCUAAUUGCUGAUGACAAGACGAGAGUGCCGGAUUGGAUCGGCGAGCUGACGUCCUUAGCAGAGCUGUCGAUGCAGGGUGCUGAUGCAGACAGGUGCUUAAUCAAGGAGUUGGGCAAGCUAAGAAACCUCAGGACGCUCUGCAUAGGAAUAGCUCUGCAGGACGAUGAAGGAGAGGUGCGGGGAUUUCUAGAGGCCCUGAGUAAUCUGGAAAAGAUAGAAGCUAUAUCAGUCCAGACGUCGAAACGUUUUGGCUGCAAGGAUGCUAUCCCUAUCAUGCAACCGAGUUUUGUCCUACAUUGCAAUAAUCUCCGUGCACUGGACUUAUUCCCGUGGGUAUUCUCAAAGCUGCCCAAGUGGAUUAACCCUCAAGCUCUUCCCAAGCUCUGCACGUUGAAACUGAAUUUGUCAGUACUGUAUCAGCAGGAUGUGGAAAUCCUUGGCAAGUUUCAGAACCUCUGUUUUCUCUGGCUAUGCGUCUCUGGUUUCUGGUCAAAAAAUAGUAUUGUUGGUGGUGGAAGAUUCCAGAAUUUGAGGUACUUCGUAGGGGACGCACUAUGCCACCAACUAGAAUUUGUACGGGGAGCUGUGCCAAGGCUUGAAGACAUAAGGUUGCUCAUCUCUGUGCGUAGAAUAUUUAACACUAGCUAUGACCUCGGUCUCAAAUUUGGAUUGGGAAACAUCUCUGCGCUCCAGGCAGUGGAAGCUCUAUUGGACUGUUCCUAUUGCCUCCGUAGGGAGGUGGAGGAAGUGGAGGCUGAGUUGAGGCACGCAGUCAGCAUCCACCCCAACCGUCCAACCCUUCAAAUCAGUAGAAGACGUGAAGACGAAAUGGUGACCUCCUCAGAUUCAGUGGUGGAACGACAAAAAAAGAGGGCGCACAGGCUACGGUCACAAAUUGGUUUUCUGAAGAUUGCUCAUAACGCAAUGAACCAGGAGGUGCGCGAGAUGGGCGACAUCAAAAUUGACUUGAAUCCCAGUGAUGCAAAAAAUAAGGUGCAAGGAUUUCGUCAGCUAUUCUCCGAGACAGUUAACCGCGUGCAGCACAAGCUACCUCCCGUGCAAGAAGAUACACCUAUACAUGAUCGUGACCUCACACAUCACGCUCCUGUGGAGGAUAUCAAGGCUAUGGAACAGGCAUUGGAGAUACUCACCGUCGAAUAUCCACGACUCGCUGCAAUGCUGGACGAACUGAGAUAUACGUUCAGCCUGCAGGGAGCUAUGCCAAUGCCUCAUGUCUUGAACCUGAACAUCCGUGUGUUUGACAUUAUGGUCGACAAGCUGGGUCUUGACCUAGGAUUAUUAGGAAAGAUCUCAUCACUGCAGGGAAUCAAUGCUCACGUCAUCUGUCAGUUUUGCUUCCCAACAGAGGUGGAGAAAGUGGAGGCCGAGCUGAGGCAAGCGGUCGAGAUCCACCACCCUAACAACCCUCCAACGCUUGAGAUCAUAAGAUACGCUGAAGAUAGAAUGGUAAAGUCUGAUUCAGAUUCGCAGAUGUUGGGACGACAAACAAUGAAGAGGACAGGACUCGUCGACAGAGUCAAUCAUGAGAAACACCUUCAUAGCACACUGAUUGAUAAGGUAAUCGAGAUUGUUGAGCAGCAAACCAAUACAACUCUCAGGGAUGCUGCAAAACAUAAGGAGCAACGAUUUCGUGAGCACUUCAAUGCCAUCAAAGACCGUGUGGCACAUGAACUACUUCGGGUGUAUGAAAAUAUACCUAAUCCUGACCUCAAAAGAUUGACGGAAGAAAUUGAGGAUACGGAACGGGCGCUCCAGAUACUUACGGUUGAAUAUCCACGGCUGGCUGCAAUGCUAGAGGAACUGAUAACUGCACUCGGCCUGGAGGCAGAGGAUGAGGAUGAGGUCACAGACGACAAGGAGGCCACGGCAACCUCACUAUCCGACAGAAAAGUGGAGGAUGAGGGAGCUGUGCCAAGGCCUCGAGUCAUGGCCUUGUACAUCGAUGUGGAUGAUGUAAUGGACAACAACAUCGGUCUCCACUUUGGAGUAGGAAACCACCGGUCUCUCCAGGGACAGGGAAUCAAGGCUUACAUCGACUGUGCCCUUUGCUUCCCAACUGAAGUGGAGUCGGUGGAGGCUGAGUUGAGGCACGCCAUCCAUAUCCAGCAACCCAACAACCCUCCAACCAUAGAGAUCAUAAGAUUCCGUGAAGAUAAAAUGGUGAACUCUGAUUCGCAGAUGUUGGAACGACAAAACCGGAGGGCCGCAAGACUCUGGGUAAGAAUUGGACAUCAGCAAGACCUUCAUAACGCAAUUUAUAGCGAGGCAGUCGAGAUGCGCGAGCUGAUAACGAACUUGAAUCUCGAUGAUGAUACAAAGAAUAAGAGGACAGGACUCGUCGACAGAGUCAAUCAUCAGAAACACCUUUAUAACACACUGAUUGAUAAGGUAAUCGAGAUUGUUGAGCAGAAAACCAAUACGACUCUCAGCGAUGCUGCAAAACAUAAGGAGCGGCGAUUUCAUGAGAACUUCAAUGCCGUCAAAGACCGUGUGGAACAUGAACUACUUCGGGUGAAAGAAAAUAUACCUAAUCGUGACCUCAAAAGAUUGACAGAUGAAAUUGAGGAUAUGGAAUGGGCGCUCCAGAUACUUACGGUUGAAUAUCCACGGCUGGCUGCAAUGCUGGAGGAACUGAAAACUGCACUCGGCCUGGAGGCAGAGGAUGAGGUCACAGACGACGAGGAGGCCUCGGCAACCUCACUAUCCCAGGAGGUGGUCUCUGCAGCCUCAGUGUCUGAAACAAAUGGGGAGGAGCCAAUACACUUGUCGAAUCAAUAA